AUGGCUUUUGCGACCUUUAACGACACCUCUGAUCCCAUUUCAUCUUUAAUUGAUUUCGUGUACCCUUCAAUUUUAGAUAACUACAACAAUCAUAACUACUUUAGGGAGAGGGCUAUACUUACGCCUAAGAACAAGGUUGUGCAUGAGAUAAAUGACAGGUUGUUAGCGUUAUUCCCAGGCGAAGAAAGAGAGUAUCUAAGCUCCGAUAGUCUUUGUCAGACUGAGAAUCCUAAUUCAACACAGCUAAAACUAUACUCACCAGAUGUGUUGAAUGGUCUUAAAGUAUCAGGUUUGCCUAAUCACAGAUUAUACAACCGUGUCAUAGAAGCAGAAAUCAUAUCUGGAGGAAAUAUUGGCACUCGCACCUACAUACCGAGACUUAAUUUGAUACCUUCAGACAAAAAGAUUCCUUUUGCGUUUCAAAGGAGGCAAUUUUCGAUAGUUGUGUGUUUUGCGAUGACUAUCAACAAAAGUCAAGGGCAGUCGCUAUCAAGGGUUGGUCUGUACUUGAGACAACCUGUUUUUACGCAUGGUCAGUUGUAUGUGGCUUUAUCAAGGGUAAAAUCCAGAGACGGAGUCAAAUUGCUUAUAUUAGACAAGGACGGCAAACCUACCGAUAAAACAUCAAAUGUUGUUUAUAAGGAAGUGUUUAACAAAUUGUGA